UUGCAAUGAAACUCACAAAUACUUUUUGGGGCAAAUGAAAUUUCAGAGGAAUUGAGGGUCUCUUCCCCCUUUCUUCUCUACUGCUCCCCCAAAAAUUUUCACUCUUAUUUCUUUCCCUCCAUUUCAGUCCCUCUCUUUUUGCAGUGAAUCCCCAUAGAAACACUUUUGAAGUACCUCUCUCUUACCCACCUAUACAUUCUCUGACUUCUCUUCCUCUCUCUUCUCUGCACAGACUUGAGGUUUUUUGGUCUGUGGCAGAAGCUUUGGUUAGUGAUGGUUCUAUGAUCAUAUCUUUGUUGUUGAGCUGCCGGAAAGUUCCUGUGCUGAAGGCCAAGCAAUCUGUGCUGCUUGGCCAAUUCUAUUCGUAAAUCAGCUUUUCAGGCGUCAAGAUUUAAACUGUUAGGAUAUUCGGUUCAAUCUGGAGGGGAAGGCAGAGUUUCCUGGUUCGCCAUUCACAAUUUACUUGUAUAGGGUACUGACUUCUUAACAUCGUGAUAUAUUUGCAAUGGAGUGCAACAAAGAUGAGGCCAUCCGGGCCAAGGAAAUUGCUGAGAAGAAGAUGGAAAAGAACGACUUUGAAGGUGCUCUAAAGAUUGCUUUGAAAGCACAAAAUCUUUACCCAGAACUGGACAAUAUCACCCAGCUGCUCAGCAUUUGUAAUGUUCACUGUUCAGCUCAAAUUAGAUUACUGGGAUCUGAAAAGGACUGGUAUGGGAUCCUUCAAGUUGAAAAGUUGGCUGAUGAGUUGACGGUCAAGAAACAAUAUCGUCGGCUAGCACUUAUUCUCCAUCCUGACAAGAAUCGAUUUCCUGGUGCAGAGAGUGCUUUUAAGUUGAUUUGUGAAGCAAACGCAGUGCUUUCAGACCCCAAAAAGAAAUCUGUAUAUGACAGUAAGAUUAGAGUUUCGGUAAGAUCUGCUCCAGUAAAUCCUCCACCUCAUCCUGCAAGCAAAAAUUCUCAAGUUAAGAAGCAAUACACUGCACAGAACAUGUCUAAUGGCUUUAGCAGUCUGAAUCAACAUCAGGCUCCUCGAUCAACCUCCUCUUUCGGGCAGGAAGUGUUCUGGACAUGCUGCCCAUACUGCAGUGUGAGGUACCAGUAUCUUAGACAAUUUGUGAACAAAUCUUUACGCUGCCAGACAUGCUCAAAGGUCUUCGUGGGUUAUGAUAUAGGUGCACAAGGUGUUUCCUUGGGAUCCAAGAUGGGUCAGCCAGUUCCUCAAAGUGUGCCUUCGAAACCUGGCUCUAGUCAGCCUGCUGGUUUUCAAGAAAAGGGGGUCUCAAAUCAGGGAAAAAAUAAAAUGGGUGUUCAAAAUAAUAAAGCCUCCUCAGCAUCAAAUGCAGGAGCACAAGGAUUUGCAAACAGAAAAACUGUUCAACCAGAGCCAGGUGUCAGGACAGGGAGAGGUUCUCAGGGUAUCCAGGUUGGAAGUGCUGCCCAGGUCAGUGGGGAUUUGAAGACCAAAGAAGCGGAUAGUCAUAAUGCCAAUCCUUUGCAUGGUAGAAAUGAAGCUGGGAUAUCCAAUGGUGACGCUAUUAAUGGAGAAAAAGGAGAGCUGAAAAAUAAAAGCAGGAAAAGGAGCAGGAAGAUAGUAGUGGAGUCCAGUGAGAGUUAUGAUACGUCAAGUCAAUCUGAUGAUGAAGAUGUGACUAUGAAAGGAAACUCUGGUGAUACUGAUAUGAAGCCUGAUCCUACUCAUGUCCAUCCACGGAGAUCCUCACGGAAAAGACAGAAUGUCUCAUAUAAGGAACCUGAUGAGGAUGCUCUUGCUAGCUCCCGCAAGAGAGAGCAAGCAACCAAAGAGGAUAAUGGAAAAGAGCAAAUGGAUGCUUUAGAAGGUGAAGACUCAAAGCACGACAAUCAAAAGAGUUUUCCUACUGACAUAAAUUACUCUAAGCAAGAAAGUAAAGUAAUGGGAAGUGUUCAUUCUGAAGAAAGCUUGCGGAGCAAGGAUGCUGGUUCUGAUAAAAAAGGAAAGAAGGUGGAAACAGGUGGUAAGUCGAGCAGUGGUGCUGAUACAGUUGAGAUUGAAAGUGACUCUGACCAAGACUCAUUUUCUAGUAACAAAUCAGAAGCAGGCUUGUGCCACUGUCCUGAUCCAGAAUUUAGUGAUUUUGAUAAGGAGCGAGAUGAAAACUGUUUUGAUGUUAAUCAAUUCUGGGCUUUGUAUGAUACAUUGGAUGGCAUGCCAAGAUUCUAUGCUAAAGUGAAAAAGGUAUGUUCUUCUCCAUUUGAAUUGAGCAUCACGUGGUUAGAAGCUGAUCCUAUAGAUGAAGCUUACGAGAAAUGGGUAGAAGAGGAGUUGCCUGUUGGUUGUGGCCGUUUUAGGCUUGGCAAAACCGAGGAAACGUCAAUACGUCUAUCAUUUUCUCAUCAAGUGCGUUGUGAGAAAGGCAAGAAGAGAGGUUCUUUAAUCAUAUACCCAAGAAAAGGUGAAGUUUGGGCUCUUUUCAGGGACUGGGAUAUAAGCUGGAGCUCCAACCCGGAGAAUCAUAAACAGUUCAAAUAUGAAGUUGUUGAGGUGCUCUCAGAUUUUGUUGCAGGAACCGGCAUAAAAGUUGGUUAUUUGGAUAAAGUUGCAGGAUUUGUGAGCCUUUUUCAGGGAGUUGGUCAAUGUGAGACUAACUCGUUUCUGAUACAGCCCAAUGAGCUGUACAAGUUCUCCCACCGUGUUCCUAGUGUCAAAAUGACCGGCUCUGAAAGACAAGGAGUGCCGAUAGGUUCUUUUGAACUCGAUCCUGCUUCCCUACCUUCAAAUCCUGAUGACUUGUAUUACCCUGGCAAAGCAAAGACGGGCUGUAGAAAUAUUGAUCCUGGGGUAAAUUGUUCACUGCCAGAAUCGAUCAAGGAAAAGGGUAAAACUGUGGAAUCUAAGGGUAAGAGUACUCCAAAAAAGUCUGUGGAUUCGGAAGGGAUUAAUGUGGACAUGUCUAAGCUCCGGAGAUCACCUAGAGGAUUGAAUGUUGUUAGGCAAACCGCAAGUUGAUGUAAUCUUUAUAGUCCAUACAAUCCAAAUUUGUCUCAUGAAGCUGUAAAGAUCUAUAGUUGACCAUCAGAUUGUGUUUUCCAAGGAAAAGUGAGCUACCAUUCCUCCAGUGUAAACUGUUGUCACUCUGGUGGAAAUUAAUAGCAGGUAAUUUUCAAACAAGUACGUAGGAUCUACAUUCAUGGUUUUGGAAACUCAGACAUGCCUUAAGGUCCACGAACGGGAUGGCCUCUGUGGAGUAGUGUUAUCUCUGGUCUGUUUGAAAAAAUAUUUUGGAGAUUUCCAAGGUGCUUACUCUGUAACUUUGUGCCAGAUUCCUACUUUCCAGCUUGCUGGGUGAAUGCAUUAAAGCCCGAGAGGCCUUUCGGAGCUUUUUCCAGCUUCUAUUUCUGGUAAUAUGUAUUAUUUAUGAAAUGAAGUUGAUGCUUCAGCUUAGAAUGUUGAUAGUGGUGGUGUAACUAGGAAUCAUUGUCUUUAGAUGGAGUGAUCUGACUGUUACUAAUAUUGUAGUUGAAACUGUUCUAGUGGAGACCGACUUUAUUCAGCUUAUCCAUUGAAUCCCUCCUUUUUGGCCUUUUCAAAUGUCGGUUCUCCAAAGCUAAUUAGUGUAUAUAUAUGAAGGUUGUCCGAUUCUUGCAACUUAAGAGGGCUUCUGUUCAA